CUGUUAGCAAAAGUGUUAGCAUAGCUGCUGGCAUAAGUAAUCAUCCGCAGCAGCAUCAUGGCGGAGAGAAGCCACUCAUCCCCGGCUCCGGCUCCGGCUCCCGGCCACAGUCCGCAGGCGGCGCCCAACACCAGCUGGCCGAUUGUGAAGGAUGCGUACGAGCUGCAGGAGGUUCUCGGCAGUGGAGCCACAGCAGUGGUUCAGGCGGCUCUCUGCAUCCCUCGACAGGAACGUGUUGCUAUUAAGAGGAUCAACCUGGAGAAAUGUCAGACCAGCAUGGAGGAGCUACUGAAAGAAAUUCAAGCUAUGAGCCAGUGCAACCAUCCAAAUGUAGUCACGUACUAUACCUCAUUUGUGGUAAAGGACGAGCUUUGGCUAGUGAUGAAACUACUGAGUGGAGGUUCAGUGUUGGACAUCAUAAAGCACACGUGUAGCAAUGAAGAGCACAAAAACGGGGUUUUGGAGGAAGCUGCAAUAGCUACUAUUUUAAAAGAGGUUUUAGAAGGUCUCGAUUACCUGCACAGAAACGGACAAAUUCACAGGGAUGUGAAAGCUGGGAACAUUCUGUUGGGAGAGGAUGGAUCUGUGCAGAUAGCAGACUUUGGUGUGAGUUCAUUUUUGGCGACCGGAGGAGAUGUAACCAGACAUAAAGUCAGGAAAACCUUCGUGGGGACGCCAUGUUGGAUGGCUCCAGAGGUGAUGGAACAGGUACGAGGUUAUGACUUUAAGGCUGACAUUUGGAGUUUUGGAAUCACGGCCAUAGAGUUGGCUACAGGAUCUGCACCUUAUCACAAAUACCCACCUAUGAAGGUCUUAAUGUUAACGCUGCAGAAUGAUCCACCAACGCUCGAGACAGGAGUGGAGGAUAAAGAGAUGCUUAAAAAAUACGGCAAAUCUUUUAGGAAACUGAUAACUCUGUGCCUUCAGAAGGACCCCACUAAGAGGCCGACUGCAGCCGAACUUUUAAAAUGUAAAUUUUUCCAAAAAGCAAAGAACCGGGAGUACUUGAUCGAGAGACUGCUCUCCAAAGGACCAAAUAUGAACCAAAGAUCCAAAAAGGUAAAACGAGUACCGGGCUCCAGCGGUCGCUUACACAAGACAGAGGAUGGUGAAUGGGAAUGGAGUGACGAUGAGCUGGAUGAAAAAAGUGAAGAAGGGAAGGCAGCUGUCAACCAACCAAGGUCGCGGAGGGUCAGAGACGAAAACGAGGACGGUGAAGUGAAUGCCAAUAAUAUUCCUCUAGAAGACUUGUCCAUUCAGCAUCCCCAGAUUCAACCGCUGGAAAAAAUCUCGAACACUCAUGGGGUUGUGAACAUGGUUCUAAGACUGAGGAACUCGAGAAGGGAGUUGAACGACAUACGGUUUGAAUUCACUCCAGGCCGAGAUACUGCUGACGGUGUUUCUCAGGAGCUGGUUACUGCCGGUCUAGUCAGUGGACUUGAUGUUAUAGUUGUUGCUGCUAACCUUCAGAAGAUUGUAGAAGACCCAGUUACCUAUAAAGUAUUGACCUUUAAGCUGGCAUCUGGCUGCGACAGCACAGAGAUCCCUGAUGAGGUGAAGCUGAUUGGCUUUGCUCAGCUCAGUGUUACCUGAUGGUGUUUAUUUGAUGAAUGAUGAUGAGGAGGAGAAGAGGAAGGAGGUCCUGUUCUGAAAGACUGACUGCAGCAAAAAGAAUAACUACCCUCAUGCUGCCACUCCACCCUUCUCAUUUAGCUCAUUCUGCCACAAAUUCCCCUCCACACACACACACAUACACACACACUUUAACUUGCUCCAAAUGCUGUACCUGCAAUGUUUAAGCAUUCCAAUACCCUCAGUCCUGCUAACUUGAUGCUCUCAGGUGGCAAUAGCCUAGCAAUGACCAAUUAUUAUUACAAUUAAAAUAAUUAGACGUUAAAA